AUGAUGGAGAGUAAAAGUGAGUGGAUAGGCACCGACGGACUAUACUCCGCCUCUCUCCUCUCCUGCGACCCCCCCGAGCCUACUUUUACCCGUGAAUGGGUCGUCAACUUUAUCGCUGCCGACGCGAGCUCUUCCUGGGAUGCUGCUUAUACGAUUAUGCAAGAGUUCACUGGCGAUGCCAACCUCUGGUCUGUCCCCGAGAGCGGGAUCCCCCCCAACUUUGUCCAGACUGCCGUCAAGUGUGCCGGGUGCGCCGAGCCGACUGUUACGAUCACUUGCCCGAAUGUUUUGGGGACGGAGGCUGCUGUUGUGGUGGGCAAUGGUGUUUGGGCUACUGUUGCGCCUGAGGCUGAGGUUGAGGCUGGUGCUGCGGUGAAUGGUGAGCCGGGACGGGUUGCGGCUGUUUCGCGGGGUGAAUGGGAGGGGGAUGGUGAUUGGGAGCUUGUUGCUUCUGGGGAGGGGCCUGACUUUGGGUUGAGCGGUAGUCUCUUGGGUGAGUCUGGGGAUGGGAAUGGGGAGGAGGCUGUUGUUGAGGGUGGUGGUGCGUCGGCUGCUGGUGUUGCUGCUGCCCCGGCGGGGGUUAAUGUGCCUACUGGGACGGAGGAGAAGGUUGCUUUUGCUACUGCUGGGGCGGGGAGCUUGACGCUCAAGAGGGGGUUGAUGUGGGGGCUUGCUUUGGGGUUGGUGGCUUUCUUCUAG